CACCACACAGCUAUCCAAUCUCUUACGAUUUUCACCAAAAUCCACACAAAGGUUAUUUUCGUAAUUUCACAUUACACCCCCUCCCCCGCCCCCACAUACUUUGCUACUGUUACUACAAUCGUCUAUCAUCAUCAUCAUCAUCAUCAUCAUCUUCUUCUUCUUCUUGAUUCAUUCGUUCCAUACAUUAUAUAGGCCUAUUAUAUGCAUAUUACAUACACAAAAAUCCCACACCACAUUCUGCUUUCGGAUCCGGGUCGAAUACCAAAACCCCCAUUGCAGAGAUGAAGUUAUUGUUCUUGAAGAACAAUAUCACCCCUACAACGAGUAACUCACUGUCAUACUGUGUAACAGAGAAUAAAUCAUGUAUUGGGUGGGUUGACAAGUAUUUCAAGGAUUGUUUGUGUAAUCUUAGAGACGAAUUAUCUUUCGGAUUUGGAAUCGCAAGUCUUGUUUGUUGGGGUGUCGCUGAAAUCCCUCAAAUCAUCACCAACUUUCGUACUAAAUCCAGCCAUGGCGUCUCACUUCUCUUCCUCCUCACUUGGAUUGCCGGGGAUAUCUUUAAUCUCGUGGGUUGUCUUCUCGAACCUGCAACGUUGCCGACUCAAUACUACACAGCUGCGCUUUACACGAUAAGCACAAUCAUCUUAGUUUUACAAAGCUUAUACUACGAUCACAUCUACACAUGGCUCAAAUCCAGAAAAGCCGAUGCUCAUGCUACAUCUAACACAGAGGAUGAAGAAGCGAAGAAACUUCUCAGACCUUCAACAGCUUCAGAACCCCAUGAAUUAACCUCUCGAAGCCGCGCAAUAAGAACAACAUCGUCUUCUCCACGUCAAGACUUUUUCUUCACGUCUGCAAGAUCAAUGGCGGGAAGCGCGACACCACCCAAUCGAUCUUAUCUAUGGACAACGAGAAGUGGUCCAGCUUCUGCCAUGGCUGCCGAUGACGACUCUUCUUCAGAAGAUGAGUCAUCUGUUCAAAUACCGAAGCCUACUACACAACCCAAACCUAUUCCACGCUCUGCGGGGUAUGGAGCGUUCUUGGCUACUUCAUUAAAUUUGCCUUCACAUACCAAGGGUUUGAUGCAAGUUUAUGUUGGAAGAAAGUUGUUACAAGAGGGUGGUGGAAGUAGUACGGUGUAUGGGCAAUGGUUAGGGUGGAUGAUGGCCGCUAUUUACAUGGGUGGUCGGAUUCCUCAGAUUGUAUUGAAUAUCAAAAGAGGCAGUGUAGAGGGUUUGAAUCCUCUCAUGUUCAUCUUUGCUCUUGUUGCAAAUGCCACUUAUGUCGCAAGCAUUCUUGUAAGAAGUACAGAAUGGUCAAAAAUCAAAGCCAACAUGCCUUGGUUGCUCGAUGCUGCAGCGUGUGUGGCACUUGAUACAUUUAUCAUAAUGCAAUAUGUGUACUACAAACACUUGCGAAGGAGAAGAGAUGAGGAAGGAUACUAUGGUGACUACAUGGAAGCCGACAAAAACUAUGUGUCUUGAUUGUAUAACGAUCAAUGUUUGCGUGGAACCUUAAGAACAAAGAGGAAAGGGAUAUGGUAUUUUAAUCGGCUCUUUGUUGUAUGCUCGGUUUGAGUUCAAAUGUUAUGUUUAAUGGAACAAAGAGGAUACUAUGGGUAUAACCGAUAUGUUGUUCAUGUCUUGAGAGUUGCAUUGGCUCGUAACAAAGCAUUUGUAAAAGUGUACUCUUAAGUCUUUUGAUUAUGCUAACAAUUAGAGUGAGGAUGUUUGUAAGAUGCUUUGAAAGUUAGAAUGAGAUUUGGACCUUGACUCGACAACAAAA